AUGUGGAAAGUGACCGAGAAGAUUGGCGCUGGUGGAUGCGGCGCUGUUUACGAAGUAGUUCACGUGAAACGGAAAAAUUUCACCGCUGCGCUCAAAGUCGAAUCAACAGGACUUCCGGACGGAGGAGUGCUUAAGUUGGAAGCUUACGUGCUUGCAAAACUGAGCGACUCCUCGAAAUAUACCAUCCGUUUGUUACAUUCUGGGAAAAGGCUUAAAUACAGCUUCAUUGUGAUGACGCUCUGCGGACCCGAUCUAAUGUUCCUGAAGAAGAUGAAAGGU